UGUUUUUCCAGAUUUUAUCCCUAUUAGUGCUUUAUCCACCUAAGUCCGUUAAGUUGAGCCUCUGCUCCUUCGGCCGUGUCGAUUUUGUGCUUGAGGUGAUCGAAAUCUUGUGAAUUUUGUGCUUGAGAUAGGACUCGUUGACCCGUUUUGUGAUAAUUAAUAUUUAUCAUGUCUAAUAGAAAGUGUUGUGUUCCCGGAUGUACAAAUGGCUUAGACACUACGGGGUAUUUACAUAAAUUCCCUAAUCCAGAUAAGGAUAGGCAGCUAUUUAAUACAUGGGUCUUUCAUAUUGGUGGUGACAUUUUGCAACUUGAAAAUAACCAUAUUUUCAAAUACCGCCGCGUCUGUAAUGAUCAUUUCGAACCAAAAUAUUGGUGCCGGAAUAACCGACUUGCCAAAGGAGCUGUACCUACAAAAAACAUGCCAGGAUUAUCUUGCUCGAAAUUCAGCAUUGAAAAAAGAGCACUAAGACCUCUUCAGAUUUCAGGACCGUCUACAUCAAAAGAACCUGCGCAUCUACAUAUACACUCACAAGGUUCAAUUGAAGAUGUACAAAUGAAAGAGAAUCUUGAUCCUGUCACUUCAGAAUCUCAGUCUGUACACAGUGAUAGACAGCCUCAUAGUGAAGAAGAAAAUGUUGAGGUGGUGAAAGAUCUUGUGCAUCGCAAAGUUAAAUGUGUUAGUAAGAAGGCGGUAAAACAGGUUGCUGUUACGAAAACUGAGCGUGCUCUGUAUCAGAAAAUGCUGCAAGUUGGUGUGAAACUCAGCAAAUGCCGUAGCAAGGUUAAAAAGCAGGCAAUCAAGAUCAAGGCCCUGCAAAAUAUUACUACAAACCCUCAAUUUUAGAAACUCUAGACAAAA